AUGCAAAAACAACCACUAAAAUCCACUGCAACCUCUCGAGAAUUGCAAAAGAAAUACAACACGGAAGCUCUGAUUGAGAGUAUGCUAUCGGAAUCCAAGCUGAGUCAUUUUCAAAAGAAGGAAGUUCUCUCAUCUUUUAAAAACAAAUCAUCUUUACCGAGUUCUGGAAUUGCUUUAUCAAAAAAACAUGCCAUGGAUGAUUCCGUUUUGAGAUAUAAACAAGAACGAGUGGAUUUAUUUCCAGAUGCAAAUAAGGGAAAGUUUACAACAAAGAAAAAAUCAUUUGAGGAGUCACUUUUUAAAAGAGAAGUUUUUAGGCCCUCACCAACGGUUGACAGAGAGAGAGAAAAGAAUUUACUUGCCACCUAUAAUGAAUUCGGAGGAAAACAAAAAACACCCACAGUAGUCAUUAAAGGAAGAAUUGAUAAACAAGUGGUGACACCUGCCAAGCAAGCCCCUCCUCAAAAAAGUAGAAUGGAAGAAAUUGAGGAAGAAAUUAACGAUAGGUUACUCUUCAUAGAGGAAAUGGAGCAAAAUGGAGCAAUGAAUAGGGAACAAAAACAAAUUAUUCUUGCUCAAAUUGAUGAAUAUGUGAGAGAAAUGAAUGCCAUUUGUUCCAAGUGA